CCUAAUGUAUUCAUUCACGCAAUGAAACAUAUGUUUUUCAAAAAGAUUUUCCCAUCAGGCAAGAUUAAAGGGAAUUUAAGAAAGACAAACAUAUAUAAAUUCCUAUAUAACCCUCGCUAUAAAAGAGUCGUCUGCUCCGUUUUUUAUAUAUUAGGCCUGCUUUGGAUCCUAAUCAUUUGCGUAAAUACGCCAGAACACAAUGGCGCGAAUCCCUGGAACCUAAAUAAGCAUACCUACAUAUCGGAAAAUGCAUUGUUACCAGGACUCGUGGACGAAACAUAUACGAUUACCCAUUCCAACUCUCACUCCGCUGAGAGCAUAUAUCAAAGGUUGCUAACGAAACUGAAUGAAUCAAAUCUCAUUUAUCAUAAAAACGGGCGUGACCAACACACAAAAAGUGAACAAAAUGGCGAUACUACGGGAGAGUCAAUGCGACACCUUCGGGAUGAAUGUCUGACGAAGGAAAUGGAGUCAAUUUUAGACAGUUACGGUUUAGAGGUUUACAGGCAAUCUUUCACUCUACCUCCUGCUUUCUCUCAUAAAAACGACACGAAACCCUCGCACUCGUCCGGUAUCAACCUUUAUGCGAUUCAACGAGCUACAGGGGUUACGGGUUACGAUGCCAUUCUGCUCUCCGCUUCCUUUGAUCCGGAGUACCCCUCGGAUAUAAAUUUUGGUUCUCAUAAAAAGGCUCCCAAAUCUUUGAUAACAUCCGCCAUAUUGCUCUCAUUGGCCAGGCACUUCUCCACCAGUGCGAACCAAUGGGUGGCCAAAGAUAUUAUAUUCUUAUUUACCUCCCACAAAACGGUGGGACCUCAAGUUUGGACCCGAUCUUAUUACACGGAAAGCGACGAUAACGAAAUCCUUCAAUCAAGGCCGGUUUACAGAAGCUAUUCGAGCUACAGUACAUUAGACGGGGAAGGCCGGUCCGGGUAUAUACAGGCUGCGAUGUGCUUGCAACUCGAUUAUGACGAUGGCGAUUAUAACCAAAGUAUGGAUUCAAAAUCGUUCCAAAAAUCGAACGAUAAUAAUAAUAAUAAAAUGUUCAAGUUCGAGGACACGAUCAUCAAAUUCGAAGGUAUAAAUGGAAGGUUGCCCAAUUUGGACCUGGUGAACGUGGCCCAGCGGUUAGCCUCCAAGAACGAUAUUCAAACGCGGUUUAGACGUGUCCAUGUCGACAUAUCUACGAAAGUUUGCCAAUUUACCGCUUCUAUCGGCCUUGACAAAUACAUCGGAGUUUCAUUUUCCUUGUGCAAGCCAUUGUUUAAUAUGCUCAACACUAUGAUGAAUCUAGCCUUUCCCGAGCUCUUGAAAGUCAAAGGUUCGACUCCAGGAAUAUACCCUCACGCCUUCUUCAACAAGUACGGGGUAGAUUCGGUGACCUUCUUGAUCCGACCCGGUAAGGGGAAAAUCCAUUAUGAUCCCAGUUAUAACGGUUACCGAAAAAAUUUUUCUGCUAGAACGCUUUGCAGAUUUUUGGAAGGAAUGGUUAGGAGCGUCAACAAUCUUCAAGAGAAGUUCCACCAAUCCUAUAUGUUUUACCUGCUGACCUCCAUUGACAAUUUCAUUUCUAUCGCUAAUUAUUACCCCGCUUUCGUUUUCCUCGUGAUACCGCUCAUGCUCGAUUGCGCGUAUUGUUGGUUAGCCAUCACACUUUACGCUAACCAAGGCGUCAUCAAAUUGGACGAAUCAGACAUGAUCAAUCAGCCAACGUUUCAUUAUGAUCCUUCUUCCAUUUUAAACUUCCCCGCCAUUUUGCUGAGAAUAACUAUGAAUCAUUGUGCGAGCUUGGCAUUAUAUCUCUCAUUUCCUAGAAUCGUUGCGACGAUCGGUGGCAUGCAGCCGCCAGAAACCAAUGUUUUAGCCAAAUUAUACGGAUACUUUUCUAUUCCAUCCCAUCUAAUCCCACAUGGAUCCGAUUUACUCACAAUAUUUCAAUGUUUCAGCGCGGUAUUUCUAGCAAUCGCGACAUCAAAAAUUAUCCGAUUUACCGCUAACUCACUAUGCGCUAACGAUAUCACCCGCCAAUUUCACCAAGAUGCUCCAAAAUCGUUUAAAAAGGUCUCGAAUAUUUCCAAUGACGAAAACGACGGAAAUAAGGGGGAGGAAACCAUCGAAAAGAAUGACGAUGACGGACGUUUCAUCGAAAUCAACUACACUGUGACACGAUUCAUGGGUCAACUGGAAUUGGUAUUAGGGCUUUUCGCCAUAUCUCUGAUAAAUUUUGCUCUGGCUUACUUUGUGGCCCUCUUUUUAGCUCUUUUGUCGUUCGCACCUCACGUGAAUCUCCUCGGAUUUCGGUUUGAUAACUCGAAGGUUAAGAAGAAAUCAUCGCACAUUAAAGCUCAUUUUUUCAAACCUUUAGUCCGUUUGACUAUACUCGUACUAACGUGCCCAUUCGUGAUAUUUUCGAUAUUGUGUUACGCUCGCCUUUCCUUAUCCGCGCCACGCAAUGAACACGUCUACCUUCGGGAAUUCACGUUUGAUAACUUGUAUCUACUCUUCCUAACGGACAAAUUAUACGGGGUUUGGACGUUCAAAAUAUUUUGCCUAUUCUGCCUUCCUAUCUGGAUGUCGCUUUACUGAAGACUUCACAAAGAAAUCUACCGAUAAAUAAAGAAUCGUCAUUGAUAAAUAUAUCACAAUUUUUUUGUAUUGAAGCAACUCUUAG